CUUCGACAAGCAACAAAACCUUCCAAUCCAACUCCCCCCCCCCCUCUUCCUCCCCUGAACCGAAAACCACAGCAAAAGAAAAAAGAGGGGAAAAAAUGGUCCUCGAAACUCCCCAAACAGACCCAAUCCCGGCAACAGGCGCAGAACCAACAAACCAAACCGACGACGCCCCUUCCGCAAAAUACCGCUACCACUCCCUCUACAUCAAGCGUGACCUAAUCGUCAACCCCGAUCCCUUCACCCUAUACUUCGGCUUCUUCGGGCGCUGGAACUAUGACCGAAAGGUAACAACGAACAUACUCCGCCGGGUCGAAAAUGCACGAGUCCUGAUCCAACGUCUCCCCACACAAGACGAACUAGACGCGAUGGUGACGCACAGCAGUCGCAGUGUGUAUCAGGAGCGGAUGGGAGCGCCGCUGGGCUUUUUCGGCGGGUCAGCACAGCUGUUCAUGCAGGCGCGGAAGUCGGAGGUGGUUACAAGUUAUUUUCCGAAGCUGAGCGGAGAGGGGAAGAUGCCCAGUCUGGCGGAGAUUACUUCGGCGGCGCGGAGGUUUGUUGCUGCUGAGCCGAUGGUUGCAAGACGGGCUGCCUUUGUGACGGGGUUCAAGUUGUUGUUUUGGAGUGUGGCUGGGGCGACGUUUUCGAGUAUGUAUGCGGUGUAUCGGGAGACAAGGAAUACCGUCGAUGAUCCACGAUUGAAGGAGUUUUUGGACGAUCUGAGGAAACAGAAGCCCGAGGACGUGAGGAAGAGGCAGAUGGAAUCGAGGGGUAGGAGGUCGGUGGCCGAGCAUCACGGUGUUGUUGAGACAGAUCAGGGCGAUGAUUUUGGCUCUGAGUACUCUGGUGGAGACGUCCAGUCUGCGCAGGCCUCUGUUCCAGAUCGUCGACCUGUAUUAGAGCCCUUCGGUGGGACCGGUGGCCUGAGUGCAGACCAGAGCCGGGGAGGAGACUUCUUCGAUGAUGAUGAUGCCAGCCCUACGGCGCCCGAGUAUAGAGCGAACAGGGGCUCUCUCGGUGGUUAUUCGCAGGGAAGCGCCUGGGAACGGAUUAGACAACAAAAUGCCCCCUCCGUGCCCAUUCAACCCAGUCAUCAGGACCCAUCCAGUCAGCAGUCACCACAGUGGGACUCUUGGAACUCCAUCUCGGACAAUGACAAGCAGCGGGAGAGGGAUCAAGCUCGGGCUGACUUCGAACGCUUGUUAGACAGAGAAAGGAACAUUGGACAAGAGUCCGCGGGUGAAGUGCAGAGAAGAGGUUGGGGAAAGUGGGAUUGAUUGUUACCCAGUGGACUGAUACAAUGUACUAUAUUACACUUGACUAAGCCAUUCAAGAGACUCGGAGUCUCCGCUGUGAGCGUGUUUUAUGUAUAUUAGCCGCACGUGGCGCAUAUUUGCAUUAUUCAUGAAUCUCAUA